UUAGAGGUUAGUGAUAUAUAAUCUAUCCAUCAUUGAGUGGUUAAGUCAGUGUGACGGGGAUGGCGGGUCAGGAGGAAGGGAUUAUUGAAGAGAUUCUUAACUCCAACAGUUCUGCUAAUGAGGAAGAGAUAGUCCACAUAAUACAAGAUGAGGAAGAGGCUGUGGUGAGUGGCAGCGAGGAGCUCUACCAUGAGAACAAAGAGUUGGUGUUCUGGGUGCCGGCGCUUCUAAUGGUUAGCAGAGAGCAGCAGAAAAUCACAGUGACUCAAGAUGAGCUGCGUCGACGAGUGGCACCUCCGGAAUGCCUCAGCCAGACCAUGUUACUCUCUCUCCUGCGCCUGAGUAAAGAGAAAGGGAGGGAGUUGAAACAAACCCUCGCUAAGAACGGCAUCAAGAAGUUAACUUCCAAGUCUGCCGUCAUCUCCUGCUUCACAAAACUCACGGAAACUGAAGCGUCUCAACUUGCCGAGGAUUAUUUCUAUUUAGCAUCAAGAAACCUUCGACUCAAAGAAAUCAACCGAGAGAUCAUAUCUUCACGUGGCGGCUGGGACCAGUUUGAGACUCAGGCUGAUAUGACCAAGGACCUCUUACAAGACAUCAUGAAGGAAAUCGAAGCUCGUGACACUAACCUGACCUUAAUGACCCACGGCUUCUCUCCUCUCAUCAUACGCGCUGUUAUUGACAUAAUCACUGAAAUUAUCAGCUUUAGAGAAACUUGAUUUAUUUACUAUGAGAAAAAUAUUAAUUCACAUUCAACUAUAAAAGAAAAAUUAUCAAUUUAACCCAAGUUCAGUGGCAGUUCCAGGGGGAGAGGAUGGGGUUUGGGGCUCAGCCGAACCUCUCUUUUCGCAUAAGACUCUCCUGGCUAAAUUUUUGUCUGCACAUUAAAAUCUGAUCACCCCCCCACCAUAAAAUCUUGGAUCCACCCCUAGAGCUGGUUGGCUCAUAGUAGAGAAUCACUGUACCUGUUGUACAGGUGAGUCGUAGUAAGUAUGGUGCACUGAAUAUAGCGUGAAUUUAUAAAGUAGGAACAUCAGUAUAAUGAUCACACUUACAGUCACUCAAAAAGCUAUCUAUUUGGGAGUGAUUGAUAAGUUCAGAAUGAACACCGAGACUCCUGUCGUCUUGGUUGUCUCGGUAGGGUUGUCAAAAUCCUUCGGCCAUUGUCAUAUUUUCUCAACAAAAUUUUGUACAGAUAAAUUUUUCAGUGCCUGUACUAUGGUAGACAAAAGUUCCUUCCCUCAGCCAGCCACAAUAUGACUGAAUCACCUGAGGUUCGAAUAACGAAGCAACCAAUGGCACACUGUGUAGUGCAUUUGACGGGGGAUGGGGACCAGAGAGGGAGGGCUGAGGGUAGGGACUUUAGUCCAACAUAGUACAUCAGAGAUACAACUGUAUGUGAAUCACUUGUGACUAGUGUGUGUGCAGGCCAGUAUACUGUAUGUAAUAACUGAAAUGUACUAAUCUUUUUGUAACUUUUAUAUAUAAUUAGGCUGACAAAUGUUACACUAUUGUGUUUUUUCAGAACAAAAAUAAAUUAAUAUAAUAAUUUUACUUCAGGUGGACUGAAUUAAACUUUUGAAAUAAUUGUAUCUCAGGAUUUUUAAGUUUUCUUUAAGGAAAUAAUUUGUACAUUGCUGUUAAAAAAGACUUGAGCAAA